AUGAGCCUCCCCUCCAGUUCGGUGGCGAGGGCGGAGCUGCACAGCGGUAGCGUCUCCCCGCUGUCUUUGGACUCCAGCGUAUUCUUCAGUGAGACGGUGGCGUCCUGCAUCAGAGACACGCUCGACUUCCUUGUCAUCAACGUCGGGGGAAGUCGCUUCAUGCUGUCGCAGGAGCAGCUGGCGUCCUACCCGGAGACCCGACUGGGGAAACUGGCGUGCUGCAGUCGAGACUCGGCGCUGGAGCUCUGCGAUGACGCCGACUUCCUGGAGAACGAGUUCUUCUUUGACCGGAACUCGCGGACCUUCCAGUACGUGAUGAACUUUUACCGGACGGGUCACCUGCACGUCAGAGAGGAGCUGUGCGAGAUCUCCUUCCUGCAGGAGAUCCAGUACUGGGGCAUCGACGAGCUACGCAUCGACCCCUGCUGCCGCGAGCGUUACUACCGCCGCAAGGACCAGAAAGAGACUCUUGACGUACGGCGAGAGUUUGAGCCUGAGGACGGCGACGAGGACUUUGUGGGCGCCGCCUGCCCGGGUCUCCGCCGCCGCCUGUGGGACCUGCUGGAGAAACCCGAGUCAUCGCGUGCCGCUCGCACCUUCGGCUCGCUCUCCAUCUUCUUCGUGGUCGUGUCAGUCAUCAACAUGGUGCUCAUCUCGCUGGAUUUGGGGGAGGACUUUGGCGUGAGCGGCGUUGGUAUUGGCGCACCGCUGCUGUUCGACGCCCUGGAGUACGUGUGCGUGGUGUGGUUCACAGGCGAGCUGGCGCUCCGGUUUCUCUGCGUGAGGGACAAGUGUCGCUUCAGCCGCAGCAUCCCCAACGUCAUUGACCUGCUGGCCAUCCUACCGUUUUACGUGACGCUGGCGGUGGAGAACCUCCACGGAGGGUCCACGGAGCUGGAGAACAUGGGCCGCGUGGUGCAGGUCCUGCGACUCCUCAGGUCGCUGCGCAUGCUGAAGCUCGGACGACACUCGACAGGACUCAAGUCUCUGGGUCUGACCAUCGCUCAGUGCUACGAGGAGGUCGGCCUGCUGCUCCUCUUCCUCGGCGUGGGCAUCUCCAUCUUUGCCACGGUGGUCUUCACCCUGGAACACGACCUUCCCGGCACCACCUUCACCAGCGUGCCGGCCGCUUGGUGGUGGGCGACCACCUCUAUGACCACGGUCGGCUAUGGCGACAUCCGUCCUGACACGGUAGUGGGGAAGGUGCUGGCCUUCCUCUGCAUCCUGUCCGGGAUCCUGAUCCUGGCACUCCCCAUCGCCAUCAUCAACGAGCGGUUCUCCGCCUGCUACUUCACCCUGAAGGUGAAGGAGGCGGCGAUACGGCACAGUGAGAUGCUGAAGAGGCUGGCCCGCGGCUCGGUGGGGGGAGCGGUCGAGGGAGGAGGCGUGAACCUGAGGGACGCCUACGCCCGCAGCGUCCUGGACAUGUUGAGGCUGCACGGGCGUGAGAGGGCGAGCACCCGGAGCAGCGGAGGAGAAGAACUGUGGUGGUAG